UAGCGCGACUCCGGACGAACGAACGAACGAACGAACGGCGCGGCGAACGCGCUGUCCCACAUUUUCAGUCGCACGUACGCGACAGUGCAUACCGCAGGUGCCUGUCAAUCGUUUCCCUAGAUAUAUUCCGGUUUCGGAUUCGCGCAGAGAGAUCGGACAGAACCGCUGCGAGCCUCGUCGCACGCGGAUGCACCGUCGAUGCGACGAUGUUUCCGGAAGCGAGGGCUUUUUCAGCCGCCACCGUCGUCGUCGCUCGCCGCAGGUGCGUCGAACGGUAAGAUCGAGAUCGAACGAUCGCACCUGGGCGGAGUGCACGCCAUAGAAUCCAUCUCGAUUUAGAACGUGCGCGCGUGUUAUUACGUGUGUAUGUGCGUAUGCGUUUCGCCGAUCAUGUCAACCGCCUCAGGAAAUGUGAAGGUAAAUAGCCGAAGAUAGCCCGUUACUUCAAUCUAAGAUAAAUGUAAGAACCGAGAAAAAGAAAAGAUAAAAGGAGAAACGGUGGAAGCGAUAAAUUUCCUAUUAACCACGAAGCUGAUUUAACCGACCGUCAUGGAAAACGAGGACUUUGGUUUUGCGAAAAGAUCCGAUAACGUUAUGAGAAAGAUCCACACUGUUAGCAAUGAACAAACAGACGACAAUAUAAUUCGUAACGAACAACGAAUCUGUUCUUCAUCUAAGACGUCGGAAGUUGGUGGUGGUGGAUCAACGACAUCAGCGCCUCCGACCAGGGCCGGAAGCGAGGGUCGUGAACGCGCGUCAACCGCUGCCGACUCAGUCGUGCCCGACACGCCAAACAUACCGAACGUGGUGGAGUAUCAUCUUAAAGUCAAGCCUAGAUCAACGACGAAAUAUUGCCGCCACGAUAACAUUCCUAGGGACCAGUCUUUGGAUGAAAUGAAGAAGGAAAAGAGCCCGGUAUCCUUCGAUGACAAAAAGAAAGAUUUCGUGUCAAAGCUGUCGCGUUUGUCCAUCGACAAUAAUGUCUUUGAAGGCUCCACCGAUCUACCGCAAGUAUUUCAGGUGAAAUAUUUGGGAUCCCACGAUGCAAGAGGCCUCUGGGGCAUCAAGCAUACGAGAAGGCCCGUCGAUAAUAUGGUUUCUGCUGCAAAGGCUUUGCCGACCAACACAAUGCUUCCUCUUAUCAAGCUGGUGGUCUCUCAAGAAGGAGUUGCCUUGCUACCAAUGGAUAAGAGGAAGCAAGAUGCCAAUACCAGAAUGUAUCCUAUCGAGACGAUCUCCUAUGGAGUACAAGAUCUCGUUUAUACUAGGGUCUUCUCUAUGAUAGUCGUUCGCGAGACAGAGAACUUCAGGAGGAUCUCACCGUUUGAAUGUCAUGGUUUCGUUUGCGAGUCCAAAUACUACGCAAGGCAAUUAACGUAUGCCCUCGCAACGGCCUUCGAGAUCUACUCCAAAACUGUGAAGGCACAGGAGAAACUUUCCGAGAUGACCGGAAAUAACACCGCCAAAAAGAGAUUCGCAAUCGACUUGAGAAGCCCUGAAGAGAUCGAAGCGGAUCUUACGAUGGAUUCCGAGGCGUAGCUUGAAAAGUCCAUCGUUGAUUUAGACUAAAGUAUAAAUAGGUAUGAAUAGGUAUUAAUUUAAUCAAAAAAUUUUGAAAAAUCUUCGAUCUAUGUAAAGAAGUAAAAAAAAUUCGAUCCAAAUCUGAUUGGAAAUUUACUUCGGAAAGUUUUAACUCGA